UCAAAGCGAAAGAGAGAAAGAGAGAAAAAGAGAAGAAGUCUAGUUAAUAAUAAACACAACUCGCACCUCUUGUUCUCUGUCUGCAUAUUCUUCGCAUCUCUUCUUCUUCUUCUCGUCUCUCUCUUACUCACCUUUUAAACCACCACAAUUCAAAAUCAAAUCAAUUUGCUUUGAAUUUACGACGAAGCUCAAUCUCCGAGCAUUACUACUAACUUGAUUCAAUUUUGUACAGUGUAUAACAAAUUCUUUUCGGGUAAAUCAAUAAAAAAACGGGAUGAUAGAAUGCAGCGUCUGCCAUUCCAGAUUGGUUUCCCCCACUACCAAAUCCGUGUCGAGGGCUUACGAUCGACACAAGAACAGGGUAUCCUCAAAGCAACGCGUUCUCAACGUCUUCCUCGUUGUUGGUGAUUGUAUGCUAGUUGGUCUACAGCCGAUUUUGGUAUAUAUGUCCAAGGUUGAUGGCCGUUUCAAGUUUAGCCCAAUUAGUGUGAACUUUUUGACUGAACUUGCAAAAGUUCUAUUCGCCAUUGUUAUGCUUGUGUUCCAGGCCAGGCGUCAAAAAGUUGGAGAAAAGCCGCUCCUCUCAAUGUCCACAUUUUUGCAGGCAGCUCGCAACAAUGUUCUUCUUGCUGUUCCAGCAUUUUUAUAUGCAAUCAAUAACUAUCUAAAGUUCAUCAUGCAGCUAUAUUUCAAUCCCGCAACUGUAAAAAUGUUGAGCAAUCUGAAGGUGUUGGUAAUCGCCGUUUUGUUAAAGAUUAUAAUGCGACGUCGAUUUUCCAUAAUUCAGUGGGAAGCUCUGGCCCUAUUGCUCAUUGGAAUUAGUGUAAAUCAGCUACGUUCAUUGCCUGAAGGGACAACUGCUUUGGGCCUCCCAGUUGCAACUGGUGCAUACGUCUACACAUUGAUAUUUGUAACAGUUCCAUCUUUGGCCUCUGUCUACAAUGAAUAUGCUCUGAAAAGCCAAUAUGACACAAGCAUCUAUCUACAGAACUUAUUUUUAUAUGGGUAUGGUGCGAUAUUCAACUUUCUAGGUAUAUUGGGAACUGUCAUUAUUAAAGGUCCAGAAAGCUUUGAUAUCCUACAAGGACAUUCAAAAGCUACUAUGCUUCUAAUCUUUAACAAUGCAGCUCAAGGAAUUUUGUCCUCUUUUUUCUUCAAAUAUGCAGAUACAAUCUUGAAGAAGUAUUCCUCAACAGUUGCCACAAUCUUUACAGGCAUAGCAUCUGCUGCUCUGUUUGGUCAUAAAUUAACUAUUAACUUUUUGUUAGGAAUUUCUAUCGUGUUCAUCUCAAUGCAUCAGUUCUUUUCACCCCUUUCAAAAGUUAAAGAUGAACCACAAAAUGGGAUGAAGGAAUUGAGAGAGGUUGAGGAGAACCCCAGGUCCAAAGAUUCAUUUAUAAAUAUGACAGCUGGAGCUAAUGAAGAGGCUAGUCACCGUGUAGGAUCUGAUGAGAGACAGCCACUUCUUCCCACUUAAUAUUUUAGAGAGUUUUCUUCAAAGAAAUUCUUUUGGCAGGAUACAUUGGAUGGUACAGGAGAUGAAAUCAGUUCUGAGAAUCAUUCAGUGGAAUAAUAAUUAGAAACAUAUAAAAUUCUUUAUGCUUUUUCGAGGUCUCUUUAUUACUUCUGGGGGCUGGAUGGUGAAGAGCGAUCAGGGACAUGGCCGCCGGAGGUUUAGAUAGAGAAUAGCGAAGAACUUGGUUCCAAGCUCUCCCAAAUUCCUCCUGCCCUGACAUACACACAUAUAUGGUGCUUCGUACUCUUAUUUGUAUUCUUUUAUCUUAGACCAGGAAUAGAUUUUUUGUCCCCAAUAUAUGAAAUUUUCCUACGGAAAAAUAUAAAUUUGUUUGUGUA